GUGCAGUGGCCCCACAUGGAUCGAAAUUUGUCCGGUCCCUGUUGAACCAGCCAAAUUUCCAUCCACCUAUUGCCACCUAAUACCCCAGCAGUGCCACCUGUCAGUGUCCUUCAGUGCCAGCUGUCAGUGCCCAUCAAUGCCACGUGCCAGUGCCCAUCAGUGCCUCAUCAAUGCCACAUAUCAGUGCCUACUAGUGCACAUCAAUGCCACGUGCCAGUGCCCAUCAGUGCCUCAUCAAUGCUAUAUAUCAGUGCCUACUAGUGCACAUCAAUGCCACAUAUCAGUUCCCAUCUAAGCUGCCUUUCAGUGGUACCUAUCAAUGCCAGUCAGUGCCACCUAUCAAUGCCAGUCAGUGCCACCUAUCAGUGAUGCCAAUCAGUGCCGCCCAUCAGUGCCAGUCAGUGCCACCUAUCUGUGCAAGUCAGUGCCAUCUAUCAGUGUGCAUCAGUGCUGCCUAUCAGUGCCGCCUAUCAGUGCCAGUCAGUGCUGCCUAUCAGUGCCGCCAAUCAGUGCCAUAUAUGAGUGCUGCCUUUCAGUGCCCAUCAGUGAUGCCUGUCAAUGCCCAUCAG